AUGAAAAGUAAGAAAAAAAUUAAACAAAAGAAAUUUCAGUUGUUCUCAGCACGUGUACGCCCGUUGGUUCAAGCCGCAAAUCCAAAAGCACUCUCGGUGAAAGUGCAACAAAUUGUUCAAGCGAAGUACCGUGAAUAUCAGGAUGAGAUGGCAUCACAAGGACGUCCAAUCGGAGGGAAUUCGUCAAAAAAAUUGCGGUCAUCAAUUGGAAACGGUGAGAAGGUGGUGGCACCGAUCAAGAUUCGCAUCAGUGCCCGUAAGAAGAAACGUAAUGACGACGAUGACGAUGACACAAAUCAGGAUAGCGAUCAAGAAUUUGAACAUUUGCUUAAAGAACACGAGAAGCAGUUGGACGAAGAGGAACGCGAAAAGGAGGAAAGACGAGCGGCACGAAGCAAGAAAAAAGGAGGGAAGAAAAAAAAGAAAGGAGAAGACGGUUACGAGAAAUUAUUCGUAAGUGAGGAUCGACGCAGUCCUCUUAAAACGGGUUCAGAUGAUCAGUUGGAAACUAGGCCAAUGAUGGAAUUAACUGAAGCAGCGGCAGCAGCGGAUCUGAAACUAGUUGUUUACAUUGAUUAA